CAUUCAGUUGGGGAAAAGUCUUAACAUAUAUGGAACUGCUUAAGAUUAAAGAAAGAGACUGCUCAAGCCCUCUGUGUUCCAUGCAGCAUCUGAAUGGGUUGGAACAUCUCUGCAUCUUAUUACAUUUUGUUCUUGUGCUCUAAAUAACUACACUAUCUUAUUUGCAUUCAUCUGGGAGGAAGAUUUCAUCUCUCUGGGAAAACAGUCAACUUCUAUACAACUUUCCACAUUCCAGUCUUACAAUUUCUUUGGUGGACAGCAUCCCUGUGCUUGUAAAAUGUGAUAGACUGCCAGCAUAAAAGCCUAAGAACUGUUAUUGUUACACACCAUAGUGCAAUGACGUUUGCCCCCACACUGGGAUACAUUUAUAGCUAAUGAAGGUGAGCUCAAACUACUUUGGAGCCUAAAGAACUUUAUCUUUCCUUGAGCAACACAGAAUCUGGAUCAGGUGUGAGAAGAAAUGAAUUGGGUGAGCUUCUACAGCAUCCUUGUGGGAGUGAAUCGUCACUCCACAGGGAUAGGUCGGAUUUGGUUGUCAGUUGUCUUCAUUUUUCGAAUUAUGGUCCUUGUCGUUGCAGCUGAAAGUGUCUGGGGUGAUGAGAAGGCAGCCUUCACGUGCAACACUCAACAACCUGGUUGUAAUAGCGUUUGCUAUGAUCACUUCUUCCCCAUUUCACACAUCCGCCUGUGGGCUCUUCAGUUGAUCAUGGUUUCCACCCCAGCUCUUCUUGUUGCAAUGCAUGUAGCCCACCAACGUCACCAAGAGAAAAAGCUCAUAAAGCAAACUGGUCGUGCCACUGAAAAAGAUCUGGAACAAGUUAAAAAGCAUAAAAUAAGGAUCUCAGGGGCUUUGUGGUGGACUUAUACAUUUAGUGUGCUUUUCAGGGUCAUCAUUGAAGCAGUCUUCAUGUACAUCUUCUAUCUGAUCUACCCUGGCUUCAGAAUGUACAGACUGGUCAAGUGUGAAGCCUAUCCUUGUCCAAACAUUGUUGACUGUUUCAUUUCCAGACCUACAGAGAAAACCAUUUUCACUGUCUUUAUGCUGACAACCUCAGCCAUUUGUAUUCUUCUGAAUUUCAUGGAACUGAUGUUCCUGAUUGCAAAGGCCUGCAUUAAAAAAACGAAUAACCCUAGCGGUAAGUCUCAGACAUCCUUUGGACACAAAUUCUCAGAGCACAAACAGAAUGAGAUCAAUCAGCUGUUAACAGAUCGAGAAGGCAUAACAUUAAAAGAUCUGAGAAAGAACCCAGGUUCAGAGAAGGGCAGUGAUCGCUGCUUGGCUUGCUGAGGAAAGGCAUUCAAGACACAGUGUUUCCAUUAGCAUUGCAUGACUCUUGUAGGAUAUGCCAGCCUGAAGGUUCACUCAUGUUUUGGUGAACUUAUUCAGCGUGUUAUGUAAAAAGAAUCAAAGCAGGAAGAUAAAUGUUAGAAGGAGGUGCCAGGAAAGGCCUGUUGUAAUGCAUUGUAAAGAGUUUUCCAUGUCUGUUACAACAAUUAUGAAAUGUGAGAAGAAAAUAGACCAUAACAUUGCUAUGGACAGCAAAAGAAAUAGGGUAAAGGUUCUUCAUUUCAUAUCACAUUUCACUAAGUGCAUUACCUGUUGCUUGUAAAACAUUAAACAAUGACAGAAAUAAAAAUAGGUCCGUUACAGUCAUUAACAAAAUCUGCUAAAUUGCACCUGCCUUGUGGAUUUGCUAAUUGCUCCAAAAGACAUUAUCUUUUCUAAGCUGAGUUGUUUCCAGGCUCUUCUGAAAAUUCCAGUCUGUUCAGGUCACUGCCAGUCACUGGAGAUGUUCUCUAACAUAAACACUGGUCAUAUGUUCACUUGACUGAAUUAUGGCUGCGGCACUAUUCUGUCUCGGUGGGUGAAUCAGUCACAGCCUAGGCACAAAAUUCUUGACAAUUUCAUAUGACACACAAACUCUUGCCAAUUUGCUUAUAGCACACAUUUACUUAAAUACUAUCCUUACUUCAAAAGAGAUAUUUGUUACUUGAGAAUAUUACUGAACAGUAAAGUGGAAAGCACAUUAAAAGUCAUGGUUUACAUUCUCAAUUUUCUUAAUAGCAUGACUCUGUGUGUACAAAACCUGGCAAUUCUUUGAGUGGCUAUCAAAGUAUUCUUUAUGAAGUUAGGAUUACAGAUUUGAAUAUUCACCAAGAUAUUCACAGAAUACACAUAAACACUACUGAAAUAAAAUCAUGCCAGUACAUGUAAAUCAAAAAAUCACAGACACUAAUUCUGUUUUAUUCUUGGGUGUUUUUGCCCCCCACACACACACACACACACACACUGUCCUUUAGUUUCUAUAAAUCAUUUCAUUUACACUUGAGGAUACCAUCAGAUGAUUCACCUAAAUUGACCUCAACUUAUAAUGAUGUUAUCAUAUUUUUAGGUGGGUGUUUCUCUGUUUAGGUACUUGACCAUGUUCCAUUUUUACAGAUAUUUGCUCUUUAGGUUAUAUAUUCCAUAAUUAUUUGAGUGGGCAUUGAAUGGAAGUCAAAUUUAAAAUGUAAGUAGAGAUCGGCCACAUUAAAUUUAAGAAGACUAUCCUAGAUACCUGGGUACCUUCAUUAUUAACUUCCCAUGAAGUUUGUCUAAGUCAGUUUCUAGUUGGGUUUUCUACAAUACACUGUGGUACAGAUGUGGGUCAUCCACUCUCAUAAAAGACAUCAGUAGAAACAUGGGGCCAGGACCACAUGCACGUCGCACAAGCCAUUCUAAAUGUAAUUAUUUAUACACAUCCUGCUGUGCGCAGCCAAGAUAGAGAACUAUCAAAAAUGAAGAAGGAAUGUUGAUGACAUGGGGAAUACAUGCCUGUCACUAAUACAAGUUCCUCUUAAAUUCUAUACAAAGUCUUCCUUAGGUCCUUCACAAGUAGUACCCAGCCUCACCCCCUGCACCUAACAUAUAUUCACCAUCAAAAGGGAUUUAUCCAGGCCACUGAACACCAGAACAUUUCUAAACAUCAUUGAUUUAGUGGUCUAUUGCUCUUUUCAGUAAUUUGCUUCUGAAGGUACUGAUUUGCAAACAAUUCAUUUUUCUGUUCUGCCUUAAAAAAGUAACUUAGGAUGCAAAAGUAAAUCAGGAAAGACUUCAUCUUCCAUGAUUCCUCACACAGCCCAGUCUAACUCUUAUGAUCACUAUAAAGUACAAUCCACAAACUGUAAUUCAUCUAGCAAAACUACUGCAUGUCUGGUAACACAGCAUAGAUGGGGAAGGCUAACCAACCUGCAUCCUUUAGGAUGUGGUUUGAUUCCCUCCAGUCCAUCCAUAUCAAAGUUGCUAGAUAACCACCAUAAGACAACUGUUGCUCCUUGUACAGCUUACCUUCUUAAAAUAAUAACUAGGCAUGUUUUUCACUCUGCCCUUUUUCAAUGUCAACUUGUAGGAUUUAAUUUCUGUUCAUUAAGUUCAUGCUGUUGAAAGAUCAAGCCCAUACGUGUGCAGUCAUGUAAUAAACUCUUCAGCAGAACCUUAUGAUGAUAUUAACACUACUGUUCCUAGCUCUUUACCCUAUUCAAAGUGUUUGCAUUUCACAUGGAUGUAAUACCAACUCCUCCACUGAAGUUACUGUUAUGUUGUGGACAGUUCAUUUGCAAACUGGAAUUGAGAGGUUUCUGGUAUAUGCUUCUUCCUCCUCUGAUGUUCUACUUCAGCUUUAUUCCCACUGUGUGAAAUGUAGGAGUGCUGUUGGUAUCACUCCUUUAGAUUGAUGUCUGUCAUCAUACAAGCACAAUUUACACUACUGAUAGAGAUUUCCAUUCCAAAUGUAUUAACUGUACUCACUUCAACAAUUAUAUGCAACUGUCAAGGUAGUAAUGUCACCUGUCUCCCAACCCCAAGCUGUAUAUCAGGCAUGUAUUGUGUAGCCAUACUGUAAAUAUGGCAGAGUAAAGGUAACACCUGUCAUCACUCCAAAGAGCACAUCUGUUGUGUAUGUUAUAUCUGAAAUGUAAAGAAAUUAGAGGGGUGCAAGGCAAUUGUCUAUCAGCAAAAACACUCUGUAGCACUGUUAACCAGAACAGUAUUGCAAACACACCACGGUACUAUUGGCAUAUGUCUUCAGCACUGAUCCUUAUCUGUCAACACUGGAUCAAUGUGUAGGCCAGUCAAGACAGAAUGAACCUACACUGCUCACCAGUUUGGUAACAGCUACAUAAGUUCUAUCUCUAUCAACUCUUAUUUGCCAAGUGACAAUAUUAGAGCCUGGAGCAAAAUUUUACAAAAGGUGAACUCAUCUCAGGAAUUAAAAAAAAUGUACUAAACUGGUCUGCAUUUAUUGUUUCAGACAGUUGAUUAGAUUGUUUAAAAGAGAGUUUGCCAAACAUUUCAGAAUAAAAUAAAGUUGGACUGUUUAUUCUGUA